AUGAAACAAUGUUCUAAUUUAUUUCCUAAUAAAGAAGCUUUUAUUAUUUUUGCCCUGUACAUCAUUCUCUUCGUAUUUCAAGGUGUGUUUGUAACUGCAUCAAAAACAGAAAAUGGCGACUAUGACUACAAUACGACACUCGUGGUUUUCCUAUCAGAACUACUUAAACUGUUUGCAUCGGCAUUCUUGUACACAUACAAGAGAGACGUUUGUAGAAAAAGCAAUAAACCUUACGUGGUUUAUAUAAAUAAACCACAUCUGUUCAAGGCUAUUGUUAUGAACUAUGAGCUCCUGUUGAUGUACUUCAUCCCAUCACUGUUGUACUGCUUUUACAACAACUUGGCGUUUAUAAACCUGUCCCACUAUGACCCCACUUCGUACUACAUUCUAUUGCAGUUCCGAGUGGUAUUGACAGCUUUACUCUUUCAGUUCUUGUUCAAGAAGAAACUGGCUUUUAUGCAAUGGAUAUCACUAGGCAUACUGACACUUGGAUGCAUGAUUAAAAAUUUCGACGCCGCAUCAAUACAAUCGAAAGACGAGACCGAUCUCUGGUCACAAUUAUUCAAUAUUUAUUUCUUAUCUAUAAAUUUCCAAAAUUUUUGUUCUUGUCUGGCUGGUACAUACAAUGAAUAUUUGUUGAAAACGAAAGGUUCUAAUGUUGAUAUAUUCUUACAAAAUGUUUUCAUGUAUCUGGACUCUGUCCUCUGUAACUUCUUUAUUUUAAUGUUCAAAGGUGAAUUGGGAACAAUAUUUGAAGAUUUCAGUUCAUUAGGUAACAUUUUUGUAAUACUUAUAACCAUUAACAGUGCUGUGGUUGGCAUAGUAACUAGUUUCUUUUUGAAAAAUUUAAAUUCAAUUUUGAAAACAUACGCAAGUGCGUUAGAGUUGGUGAUAACAGCUGUAGUAUGUUAUAUACUAUUUAGUAUUGUGAUAACACCGUUUACCGUGUUAUCAAUUUGUCUAGUCAGUAUCGCUGUUGCUAUGUAUUUUAAAAAUCCAGUAAGUAAUGUCACAAUGAAUUUAAGUGAUGCUAAGGAUAAAGAACCGCUUUUAGAAGUAACUUCAAAAUAA